AUGUCAGUUUUGGAGAAAUUCGUAUCAGAUCUAGUCAACUGCCGGCUGCAACGCAACUUUCACAUUUCGAAACGAAAUUUUUGAAAAAAAAAAACGAAUUGUUCUUCAUUUGUUUUGGCUUUCAUCCUUUAAAGACAAGAGAUAAGGCGACAAUUAUUGAUAAGUGAAACCAUAAUGGGCUACGAUCUAGCAUUGAUCAUCGGACACGUCGAUGAGGAGCUACUCUGUCCCAUUUGUGCCGAUGUGCUGGAGGAACCGAUGCAAUCCUCGAGCUGUGAGCAUGCCUUCUGUCGCUAUUGCAUCGAAAAGUGGAUGCAGGAGAAGCAAAUCUGUCCCGUCGAUCGCUCCGAUCUGAUGCCCGUUCAUCUGGUGUCCGUGUCGCGUCUGAUGCGCAACAUGCUCAGCCGCCUGAAGAUCAAGUGCAGCUUUGCCGAGAACGGCUGCUCGGCGAUCCUCUCGCUCGAUGAAUUUCGUGAUCAUGUGGCCAACUGCAAGAACAAUCCCAAGGUGGUGGUCAUGUGCACUAAGGGCUGCGGCAUGAAGGUGCCCAAGGACGAGCUGGCCAAGCACAACUGUGUCUUCGAGUUGCGCGAACAGCUCAAGGAUCAGAUCAGCGAGAUCAGCGAACUACGCGACCUACAGGCGCAUCAGGAGCGUCGGCUCAACGAGCAUCGACGUGAGCUGGAGCUGGUGCAAUAUUAUAUAGCGGCACUGCGUUCCACCAAUCCCGUUAUACGUAAUGUUGGCGACCAGCUGGAUCGCUACUCACUGAUGCGCUGGGGUCGCAGCCUGCCUCUGGCCUCGGUUCGCACCUGGGGCAGCCUCAUCUCCACCCCGGACAGCCCGAUGCACAUGAUGGUGAGGGAGGGACUGCGGGCCAGCGGGUGUCCGCUGCAUUUGAUCAAUGUGCUGAUGGAUUGCUGCUACGAGGACAGCUGGCCGGAGGGCCUGGCGACGCUGGAAAUGCGUCGCAUGAAUCUGCAUCGAUUGGCGCAGUUUGUGACACGCCUGCUGCCAGUCUUAAUCACUGGUAAACCAUGCGUCGUUGUCCUGGGCGGCGACAAUGCUCACAUGCCCGAGAAUCUGCGGCCCACGCUGGGCAUCAUUAUGAUAUUUGUUGAUGGCGUCGAUGAGACGCAUUCGGAGCCAGCACCGCUGCCGGAUAGCGACUAUAUGUGAAUCAACAUUUUUGGGGGUUAUUUCAUUCGUGUUCGAAUCGCUCAAAAUCAUUUCUUUGGAUGAUCAAAUUUUCUGACGUUGUUCUUUUUUCUAAGUUUGGCUUGGCUUUCGAUAUUUGCGCUAGGAUGUGAACGAAUUGCGGUAUCAAAAUUGUUUAAAAGUAUCGCUGUCGUCCACCUGACAACACCCAAACAAAAACAAAUACAUGUUGGGUCAAUUGCCAGUUGUGGAGCAGCAACCCAUCAAAUUUUGUUUAUCUAAAUUGAAUCAGUUUGUAAAUCCAAAAAAAGAAUUUAUUACUGCCUUUGUGGUUCUGCUUUGUACAAUUUAUAAAUUGGAUUUAAUAACUAA